AUGUCAUCCCAGCCUCACAAGGUCCUAACCCCGUCGCAAGUCUCGCAUUUCAUGGAGCACGGCUACGUGGUGAUCCGGGGAUGUUUCAGCCGCGCCGCCUCUGACGAAUGGACGCGUGACGUGUGGACGCGGUUAGGGAUGAAUCCAAACGACAAGACGACGUGGACGCGCGAGCGGACAAACAUGCCGGAGCACCGACGACUGAAGGUGGCCGAGUUCGCGCCCAGGGCGUGGGACGCCAUCUGCGACCUGGUCGGCGGCGAGGAGCGCGUUACCGACAAGAGCAAGACCUGGAGCGACUCGUUCAUUGUCAACUUGGGCACGCCCGAGGGCGAGGGCAGGGAGUAUGCUCCCAAGGAGCUCGAGGGGUGGCAUGUCGAUGGUGACUUCUUCAUCCACUUUCUCGACUCUCCGGAACAGGCCUUGCUGGUCAUCCCUUUGUUCACCGACAUCCUGCCCGACGGCGGCGGUACAUGGAUCUGCUCCGAAGGACCUGCGAGAAUCGGCAAGUGGCUGUAUGACCAUCCCCAGGGCGUCACACCGCACAUGAUGCCAGUCGACUCGCCGACGGACUCGGACCCGGGUCUCAAGUUCUUCAACGACAUAGUCCAAAAGUGCGCGGCGGCGUCGUUCCACGAAAUGACGGGCAACGUGGGGGACGUGAUCCUGCUGCAUCCCUUGAUGCUGCACUCCGCGUCCAAGAACGGCCGGCGGCUGGCGCGCAUCAUCACCAACCCGCCCGUGAGCCUGAAGGAGCCGUUCGACUUUGACCGCGAUGCCGAUGCGGCCGGCGCGGGGUGUUCGCUGGUCGAGCUCAAGACGAUCCGCGACCUAGGCGGCCAGGAAAAGCUGCGCGGGUGGAAGAUACAGGGGGAGAGAAAGGCCGUGGUGCCCGAGAGGUUGCGCGUGCAGGCCAGGUGGAUGGAAGAGGAGAACCGGCGGCUGAGGGAGAGGGGCGUCGAAUAUCAAGACCGCACCCAGACCGAGGAGAUGGUCCUGGAGCAGGCGAAGGGGCUGAAGCCAAAGAUGGAGAGCGUCGCAGUGGCUUGA